GUUGUAUUUUUAAAUAUGAAUUCGGGUGAUGAAGAUUCUCCUUUGUUUGGCUGUUGUAGGAUUAAGAGGCUGUUAUCCUUCGUUAUAUUUUUCAGAUUUCGAAAGAUGAAGGUUUUCCUCUGUUGCAUUUUUGCUGGUAUAUUUGCUUUUGCUUCCGCGAAGGCACCAAAAUGGUGUGUUUCAGUUUGGGGUGGAUGUCGCGGCCGCCACUCCAUAGAUCGCAUGCCUUUAGAUCCUGCUCAUAAACCAGCCCCACAACUACCGUGUGAUUUCAAUUUUUAUGAUUUGGAUAGAGAUGGACUGGUUCCGCGUGACGAAUUCAACCUAGCAACUGCUGCUUAUCAAAAUUACGAAAUGUCCAAGUCUUACGACGUCUUUAGUAUCAUGGAUGUUGAUUCUGAUGGCACUGUAAAAAUACAAGAGUUCGUAGAAAGCAUUCCUCGUCUCCGGAGACAGUUUAUCAUUGGAAGCUGUGUUUAAAGAGCAAGGUUUGAUGCUUGUUAGCCGAAUGUUCUGAUUACAUUUGUCUGUCAUGUGAUUACAUUUGUCUGUCAUGUGAUUACAUUUGUCUGUCACUUAUCUUACGUUUGUCUGUAAUGUAAGCUGUUUUUUCUCAAAAUUCUUUCGACCGGUCACACCCGUCGUGAGCCCUAUGUAGUGAUCAGGUAAACGGAGUUAUCCGUAAUCAAAAUCAGUGUGCUAAGAACGGUCUAACAUUCGGUAUGAAACACGUCAAACAACAAUUGUUUUAAUGAAGUUCUCUUGUCCAGAACAAAGCCUACACGUUGUUGAAUCAAUGUGAAAAUAUCUUCACAUCGUGUAUUUUUAUAAGAAGAAAACAAAGAGGAUAACGGAACAAUGAUCAAUCUUAUAUGUCCUAUAAAUUUUACAAAAUCAAGAACGGGACAAACACGGACUUUUUAAAAGACCAGAUGUAGGAUAGAUAACGAGAUACCAUUAUCCUUGUUAGGUAUUCCAAUACAGAUUCUCAAAGAGAAAGAAUUCGAUGUACUGUACAUUUGUGUCUGUCCAAACCAUGGUCCCCGGGGCUUUGGUAUAGCCACAACGAGGAUUUAAAGUUUGAUAUAUGUAUAUAGGGAUUUCAAAAAACAUUGUUCCACAGAAAUCUCAUUCUGAAGAGACUAAACCUUCUUGGACCCAUUCUCAUAUAGGGUGUAUCAAAAUUUGCUGAAAUGCAGGCACUGACAUCAUCAUGGGGGGAAGAAUGGGGAGAAAAGGUUUUACAUAAAAAUAUGGGGGGAAACCCUGAGAAAUGAACACGACUGUAAUUUGUUUAAGUAACACGGAAGCGAUUUCGUGCAUUGUAGAGUCAUGCUGGUUCAACCCCUGGGUUCAUGAUUAUGCCUAUUAAUGUUUUCAAACAAUCCAGCUAUAAUUCAUACUGCAAAAAGGUUUAGAUUAACAAUUUAUCAAAGUCCAUUCUUUUUCAGAUGUUAUUUCCUAGAACAAACUGAUGGCAAAGAUAGAUGCAUGUCUUUACAUUUCUUAAUAAAUCGUGUGCGUGGCUAAA